CCGGGUAGCAGCGGGCCCGGGGCAGCGGCGCCGCUCGGUCACUCACUCGGUGAUCUUGGGGUCGAGGUUGCCGAUCCAAAGGCGGUGCCCGUCCUGUAGGGAGCCCUCGGACAGGAUGGACGCGUUCUCCAGCGGCAGCGUCUGGCGCGCCGGCUCCAUGGCUCUGCGGAGGGCAGCAGUGAAUUAGGGAAGAGCUGUAAGCAAUGGCGAUGACACUAAGAUGCUUCCGUCGCCUGCCCUCCCUGCUGCAUCGCUCUCGGUUGGCAGCGCUGUGGGGGCCACCGCGGGCCCCCCCGGCCCCGCUCCCAUCUGGCUGCAGCCACUGUGGCCAUCAGAUGCUGCUGAGCAGACAGCUAGCUACCAAAAAAGCUAAAGGUAAAGGGCAGACUCAAGCCAGAGUGAAUAUCAGUGCGGCCCUGGUUGAGGAUAUUAUCAAUUUGGAGGAAACCAAUGAAGACAUGCAGGCAGUGGUGGAAGCUCUGAAAGAAGAUUUCAGCAGAAAUCUGAGUGUUAGAACCUCACCAGGGGCCCUCGAUCACAUCAUCGUGGUGACAGAAGACGGGAAGUUUCCACUGAACCAGCUGGGGCAGAUCUCGCAGAAGUCACCACAGCUCCUUAUAGUGAACAUGGCCAGUUUUCCAGAGAGCACAGCUGCAGCGACGAAGGCUAUACGGGAGAGUGGCAUGAACCUGAACCCAGAAGCAGAUGGGACGAUAAUUCGGGUGCCAAUUCCUAAGGUAACGAGGGAGCACAGGGAGAGCCUGGCCAAGCUGGCCAAGCAGUCCACCAACAAGUCCAAAGAGGCCCUGAGAAAGGUGCGAAGCAAAAGCAUCAACCAGGUCAAGAAGUUCAAGAGCAAAGUGUCUGAAGAUACCAUCUGGCUGCUGGAGAAGCAGAUCCAGCAAAUGGCAGACAGCGCUGCAGCGGAGAUGGACAAGCUGCUGGCCGCGAAGACCAAGGAGCUGCUUGGAUAAACAUCUUCCCGACGGACACACUCCUUCCUCGAGCAAGGACAGACUGCCACCCGCCCCUGUGGCCACCCCAGCGCCAUGGCAGCAGCCCCAGCUUUGGCUGCUCCAGUUCCCCACUGUGGACUGUGCUGGAGGGAGGGGGGAACUCUCCUCGCUGUUCUUCAUCCGGGUGGCAACAGAACUGGGUGAACUACGAUUAACAAUAAACUAGCAGGAAGGAGGGCUGGAGGCUGCUGGGGGGGCUCACGGACACUGAGACACUGGAGGGGUGGCUGCCCCGCUCACCUCACACCGGCUCACUCGCACCCCAGCGAGGGAAACCUGUGCUGUCCCGUUGCAAACCUCGGCGUUUAUUUUUGCUUAAAAUAAAGUCAGAUAUGGAGGAGCAGCCUUGGGACAGCCCGUUCCCGGUUGGCGCGUCCCCUCGGGUUCCUGUGUCCCCGAGGAGCCCAUGGCCAGCAGAGCUGCCAGCAGCCUGGCCAGCGGGAAGGACCCAGGGAGCUCAGCACCAACCGGUGCCGGCGGGCAGGGCAGACAGGCUCCAUGCUUCCCUGGGAUAGAGAACUGAAACCUGUGCUGUCAGCAUGGCUGUUUUAGCGUGAACCAAGACCAAAAGCCAACACAGGAACUUUCCAAACCCAGCAUCUGCCCUCCCUGACCAGCAACAGAAGGCCUGUGCAAGCUACUGGUACCACAUUUUAGGGGGUGGAGGAGGUAGAAGCAGAACGGGGUCCCGAGCACAUCGCACAGCUCAGCUCCACCACCAGCAGGUACUUCCCGGCGCCUCCCGGGCCAUGGCCAGAGGGAAGGUGGUGACCAGCACCGCAGCCCCGCACCAGCAUCUGCGUUCAGAGAGCACCGAGUGCUCUGCAGUCCUUAAAUAAACAACUCCCAAAAAGUUAGUUUGUGUGCAGUGGGGAGGGGGAGAAGGAUGAAGGAUUUGCUCUGCUAGGGCCCCACAUGUCAACAAUUUCUCUGCUUUGUGUAUUUUGGCCAAAGCGCUUGCCAUGAUAAAUGAAUAAAGGAAAAUGGCGAGCCCAGGGCAGUUACAUGGCUCAGUAAA